GCCUUUUGCUGUGGUCCCCCCAGGGCUUUGCGUGGCCCUGGGCCCCUGUCUGGUCCUGCAGGGCAUGGGACGGGGUAAGGGGCUGCUGUCGAGGGCUGUGCCAGCACCAUGGCAGGGGUGUCCUGCCCUCGGAAAGGUCCUCGGGAUGGCUGUGUGCAGGGAGCAUCCCGUGGCUGAUUGCAAGGAGCAUCCCGUGUGGAGCAUGCCCCAGCCCCAGAGUGACUGCUGCCCGUGUCUGGGUUUUGCCGUGCCCAUGACACGUGAGAAAGUGCCACUGCCGGCCUCACCCCGUGAGGCAUUUCCCUCCUUUUGUCUGCCCACGGAUGUACUCCGGCUCUCCUGCAGCUUGGGACCUGUUGCUGGCGCCAGCCCGCUGCCACUGCGGCUGCAACCCUUCCCCGCUGUAGUCACAUCAGUCCCCUGGCUGUCCCCAGCCCCAGCGGUGCUGCCAGCCUCCCCCACCAUCCUCUUCCCCAGUGCUGUCUCCAGCCCUCUGAGAGCCCCUUUUGGGUGGGUUUCAUGGAUUUUACAUCGGGUUUGGCAGUGCCUUCCCAUUGGCAGCGGGGAGUGGGUCUGUCAGAGGCAGAAGCAAUGACUGCUGGCGUUUUCCUUCCUCCGCACGGUCCCUGUGGUGCUGGGGUCCCUCCCCAUGGCACUGGGGUCCCUCUCCUCAGCCCUGGUCCUACCCCGGGAAGCUGCUGCCUGUGCCUCUUUGCAGGCGAUAAGUCUCCGGUGAGCGCGUUGCUGUGGCUUGUCGAGUGCUGCUGGUUAACCGAGCUGCAGUGACGGGUGCUGAGCCAUGGCGGUGUGGAUCCAGGCCCAGCAGCUCCAGGGCGAAGCCCUGCGGCAGAUGCAGGCACUCUAUGGGCAGCACUUCCCGAUCGAGGUGCGGCACUACCUGUCACAGUGGAUUGAGAGCCAGGCAUGGGACUCCAUCGACCUUGACAACCCCCAGGAGAAUGUGAAGGCAACACAGCUGCUGGAGGGGCUGAUCCAGGAGUUGCAGAAGAAGGCAGACCACCAAGUGGGCGAGGAUGGCUUCCUGCUGAAGAUCAAGCUGGGGCACUACGCCACACAGCUGCAGAACACGUAUGACCGGUGCCCCAUGGAGCUGGUGCGCUGCAUCCGGCACAUCCUCUACCACGAGCAGCGGCUGGUGCGGGAGGCCAACAAUAGCCCGUCACCUGCUGGCUCCCUGGUGGAUGCCAUGUCCCAGAAGCACCUGCAGAUCAACCAGACCUUCGAGGAGCUGCGGCUCAUCACACAGGACUCGGAGAACGAGCUCAAAAAGCUGCAGCAGACGCAGGAGUACUUCAUCAUCCAGUACCAGGAGAACAUGCGCCUUCAAGCCCAGUUCUCCCAGCUUUCUCAGCUGGGCCCCCAGGAGCGCAUGUCACGGGAGACGACACUGCAACAGAAGAAGGCGUCGCUGGAGGCCUGGCUGCACCGGGAGGCCCAGACACUACAGCAGUACCGCGUGGACCUGGCUGAGAAGCACCAGAAGACGCUGCAGCUGCUGCGCAAGCAGCAAACAACCAUCCUGGAUGAUGAGCUGAUCCAGUGGAAGCGUCGGCAGCAGCUGGCAGGGAACGGGGGCCCACCCGAGGGCACCCUGGAUGUGCUGCAGACGUGGUGUGAGAAGCUGGCGGAGAUCAUCUGGCAGAACCGGCAGCAGAUCCGCCGGGCUGAGCACCUGUGCCAGCAGCUGCCAAUCCCAGGCCCAGUGGAGGAGAUGCUGUCAGAGCUGAACGGCACCAUCACCGACAUCAUCUCUGCCCUGGUCACCAGCACCUUCAUCAUCGAGAAGCAGCCCCCCCAGGUGCUGAAGACACAGACCAAGUUCGCAGCCACUGUGCGGCUCCUGGUGGGGGGGAAGCUGAACGUGCACAUGAACCCCCCCCAGGUAAAGGCCACCAUCAUCAGUGAGCAGCAAGCCAAGGCCCUGCUGAAGAACGAGAGCACCCGCAACGAGAGCAGUGGGGAGAUCCUUAACAACUGCUGUGUGAUGGAGUAUCACCAGGCCACUGGAACACUCAGUGCCCACUUUCGUAACAUGUCCCUGAAGCGAAUCAAGCGCUCGGAUCGCCGUGGGGCCGAGUCAGUGACGGAAGAGAAGUUCACCAUCCUCUUUGAGUCGCAGUUCAGUGUUGGUGGCAAUGAGCUGGUCUUCCAGGUGAAGACGCUGUCCCUGCCUGUGGUAGUGAUCGUGCACGGGAGCCAGGACAACAAUGCCACGGCCACUGUGCUCUGGGACAAUGCCUUUGCCGAGCCUGGCCGCGUGCCCUUCGCCGUGCCCGACAAGGUGCAGUGGCCGCAGCUCUGCGAGGCGCUCAACAUGAAGUUCAAGGCGGAGGUGCAGAGCAGCCGUGGGCUGACCAAGGAGAACCUGGUGUUCCUGGCACAGAAGCUGUUCAACAGCACCAGCUCCCACCUGGAGGACUACAGCAGCACCACGGUGUCCUGGUCCCAGUUCAACCGGGAAAACCUGCCUGGGAGGAAUUACACCUUCUGGCAGUGGUUUGACGGGGUCAUGGAGGUGCUGAAGAAGCAUCUGAAGCCGCACUGGAAUGACGGGGCCAUCCUGGGCUUCGUCAACAAGCAGCAGGCACACGACCUGCUCAUCAACAAGCCCGACGGGACUUUCCUCCUGCGCUUCAGCGACUCAGAGAUUGGUGGCAUCACCAUCGCCUGGAAGUUUGAUUCCUCUGAGAGGAUGUUCUGGAACCUGAUGCCUUUCACCACCAGGGACUUCUCCAUCCGCUCCCUGGCCGACCGCCUUGGGGACCUCAGUUACCUUAUUUACGUGUUCCCCGACCGGCCCAAGGAUGAGGUGUUCUCCAAGUACUACACGCCGGUUCUCUGUGAGUCCACGCCAGCUAAAGCCGUGGAUGGAUACGUGAAGCCACAGAUCAAGCAAGUGGUGCCAGAGUUUGUCAAUCCAUCAAGCGAUUCUGCCCCUGGAGGGGCCACCUACAUGGACCAGGCGCCCUCGCCUGCCGUCUGCUCCCAGCCCCAUUACAACAUGUACACCCAGAACCCCGACCCCGUGCUGGACCCUGAGGGUGAUUUCGACCUGGAUGACACGAUGGAUGUGGCAAGGCACGUGGAGGAGCUGCUGCGGCGCCCCGUGGACAGUCAGUGGAUCCCUCACGCCCAGUCGUGACGGGCAGGCACCUGGUCCCUCGCCACUGGCCCUGGCGCUGCGGGGACUGUGCUGUGUUUGUGUCUCUGUGCUGGGGGGGCGGCGGGUGGGCUCUGCCCCCAGGAUUUGCUCCGUGCUGCCCUGAAACACAGGCUGGCGUCCGGCUCUUUGGUGUUUAUGCCCUUGUAUAAACGGCAGCGGAUUUGUCGCAUGGUUUUCCUGUAUGUUCCUUUUAAGAGGCCCAGCUUCGGCUUUCCGCUUCCGCCAGCACCGGCCCCGCAGCCCCCUGCUCCCCCCGCGGGGCUGCUGGGGCAGGGGCUGGGAGCCCGGCCUCAGGUUUGCUUUCGCAGUCGUCACUAAGAAUGUACGUGUCGCCUUCUUGUUCUCCCCCGCGGCUCUGUUCCCAGGGGUGUGUUGGGGGCAUGGAGUGGAGCAGGGGUUUGGCCGGGGCUCCCCCUCGCCGGUGCUGCACUCUGCUCCACAGUGGCAGGGUCCCCUCCCCAACCUCAUCUCCUCCUCUGGCCCCCAAGGAUGCAGGAGCCCCUCCGGCCUCAGUGUCCCCUCCAGAGCUGCUGCAGCACGAGGGUGGCAGGGUGCAAGAGGGCAGUCGGGUGGGCAGGGGGUUUGGGGGAGCAGAGCCCUCUGCCCCCCACCUCUCCCCUUGCCGGGGCAGGAAGCUCUGGGGUCCUGGCCAUGUUAUUUUUCUACCACAGAGUAAAUAAAGCACGGAAUAUUUUUAUAACACAAAA